AUGCGGCGGAAGAAAUUAGUUGACUCAACGCCAUCAGCCAAAACGAAUAGUAAACCUCGACGUUCAUCCCGUCUAGCAUCCAAACCCCUAUCCACUCAGAUAUCGACCCGCACCCACACUAUGAAUGAAGCAGGACUUGGAGAUGGACCCGGGCAGUCCAAUCAACCUCCACAGAAGAAGAGAAAGCCAUCAGGUCAACAGAAACCGCGUUCUCCUUCCACCAGUAGGCGAAGGCCCUUCUGCUCUCCCCAAUCAUACACAGCUCGAAACUUCAUCACGCGCUCGUUCGCCAGUAUAACGCGGCGAAAGUUGAGGAGGCACGCGAGGCUCUCUUGA